AUGUUACUGGUCGUGUUGUUCGCCGUUCUCCUGCCAUCAGUGACGGCUCAGUGCUCGUUCAGCGGUGGAGAUGUCAGUGCUCGCUGGCAGGUGUCCAAUAACGAGCUGACUGUGGAAUUUGUGAACAAGAAGAUCGGUAACAAUCAAUGGACAGGUAUCGGCUUUGGCCUGGCA